AUGGACCGAUUUAUGUGGACAAAUGGACUCCUCGAAAUGAACGAAACCUUAGUUAUCCAGCAGAGAGGUGUCAGACUGUAUGAUGGAGAUGAAAAGGCAAAGCUUGAUGUGGGAGUCGUCCUCCUGAGCACACAUCGGUUACUUUGGAGGGACCAAAAGAAUCAUGAGUGCUGCAUAUGUAUGCCAUUGUCUCAGAUCAUAUUCUUUGAGGAGCAGGCAGCAGGUAUUGGGAAGAGUGCCAAGAUUGUUAUUCACCUGCACCCGGCCCCUGCCAAUAAGGAGCCUGGACCCUUCCAGCAGAGCAAGUUCUCCUAUAUCAAACUGUCCUUUAAGGAGCAUGGGCAGAUUGAGUUUUACAGACGUCUUAUGGAGGAAAUGACACAGAAGAGGUGGGAGAACACGCCAGUGUCGCAGCCAAUUAGCACAACAGCUGGAUUGAAGGCAGGAAGGACACGCGCAGUAGGGAUUGUUGGCAUUGAGCGGAAGUUGGAGGAGAAGCGGAAAGAGACUGAUAAAAAUAUUUCUGAGGCCUUUGAAGAUCUCAGCAAGCUUAUGGAGAAGGCCAAAGAGAUGGUUGAGCUGUCUAAAUCCAUUGCCAGCAAAAUCAAAGACAAACAGGGCGACAUCACAGAGGAUGAGACUAUCCGCUUCAAGUCCUAUUUGCUAAGCAUGGGCAUCGCCGACCCUGUAACCAGGGAAACGCACGGCUCUGGCACACACUACCACAUGCAGCUCGCUAGACAGCUGGGAGACAUGCUCCAGGCACCACUGGAGGAACGAGGGGGUAUGAUGGCCCUCACAGAAGUCUACUGUCUGGUGAAUCGAGCACGUGGGAUGGAGCUUCUCUCUCCAGAGGAUCUGGUGAAUGCCUGCAAGAUGUUUGAAUCCCUUAAACUCCCUCUGAGGUUGCGAGUCUUCGACAGUGGGGUGAUGGUGGUUCAGUUACAGUCCCAUAACGAAGAGGAGAUGAUUGCAUCUGCUCUUGAUAAUGUGUCCGAGAAGGGCUCUUUAACAGCGGAGGAGUUUGCUAAACUUUUAGGAUUGUCUGUUCUCCUUGCAAAAGAGAGACUGCUGCUGGCUGAGAAAAUGGGGCACCUAUGCAGAGACGACUCCGUGGAAGGCCUGCGCUUUUAUCCUAAUUUGUUUUGAUGUAGAAACAUGUCUUAUCUAAAAUCCCUACUGGACUCUUUCACAGUCUCAUUGUACAGAACACUGUACUGUUCCGCAUGUAGACUGGACAGCCCCUCUUUACUGUAUAAUACCAAUAAUAAAUGUUCAUUUAGAUGCUUAUGUUACUUGGUGCAUUAUAAAUGGGUAAGGCAGCAGAGACUUGCUGUUCUUAGUCAUCUGGUUUAAACAGAUCUGGCUGAGAGCCUUGCUAAUAAACCCCACAGUGAGGUGGACUAAAAGGGUUCUCCAGUAUUUUUUUUCCAACAUAAUCUGGAUCUUCUGUACCUGUAGCAUGUGGUCAGUUACCACAGGCAAUCGUUUGAGCCCUUUCACUGUGCUUAAUCCUGAAGCUACUGCAGAGAGAUUUGGCUGAAAAAGUGUUCCUUUAAGUCAUAUUUGGCUUUAGAACAAAGGCGUUCGAGAGCCUUCACAAGUACAAAGUUACUAUAACCAGCUAUCCCACAACACUGUUACUGCACUUUGACUGCACGGGGCAUUUCACAGGUUUGAUGCUAUGCUGUAUUACCUGACCAAACUGGCGCACCUCCCAGUGUCUGAACUGUGUUCUUUAGCUGAGCUUCAACAAGCAAUUAAAAAAUUCAGGCGUCUUCA